AUGACGAUCAAAAUCAGACUCGCACGCUUUGGGCGUCGCAAUGCCCCCUUCUACAACAUUGUAGUUGCACAGGCUCGGUCUGCACGCAACUCAAAGCCCCUCGAGGUCAUUGGCACAUACGACCCCAUGCCAAAGGCUGACCCCUACGAUGACUCUGGCCGCCUGCACAAGGACAUCAAUCUCGAUAUUUUGAGAGCCAAGUACUGGCUCGGUGUAGGAGCGCAGCCCACGGAUACCAUGUGGAGGAUAAUGUCCAUGGUCGGAAUUCUCGACCCAAAGCACAGAAACCAUCAACCAAGGACGGCGCCGCCGUUGCCAGAAUCCAUCACAGGAAAGACCAUCGAGGCGAGUGGCACGAGCACGACGGUAUAG